AAGAAGAAAAAUUCUCAAAUCGGUUGCGAAGCUGCCUGCAUCACCCGCCGACCGAGUCAGGAACAUACUAGCAGAACCGGAGAAAAAUGGCGUUCACAUUCGCGGCCUUUUGUUACAUGCUCGCUCUGCUGCUCACGGCGGCGCUUAUCUUCUUUGCUAUCUGGCAUAUAAUAGCAUUUGAUGAGCUGAAGACUGAUUACAAGAAUCCUAUAGAUCAGUGUAACACUUUAAAUCCGACAAUUGAAAAGGUCAAAAAGAUUAAAAGAGUCAAAAUUGCAAUAAAGCUGGUGCUUCCAGAGUAUCUCAUCCAUUUCUUCUUCUGUGUGAUGUUCUUCUGUGCGGCUGAGUGGCUCACCCUCUGUCUCAACUUACCACUGCUGGCUUAUCAUGUCUGGAGAUAUAUGAGCAGACCUGUGAUGAGCUGUCCAGGACUCUAUGACCCAACAACCAUCAUGAAUGCUGACAUCCUGGCCUUCUGUCAAAAAGAAGGCUGGUGCAAACUGGCUUUCUACCUCCUGUCAUUCUUCUACUAUCUCUACGGGAUGAUUUAUGUUCUGGUGAGCUCCUAAACCGGAUGAUAAAGGAAAAGGACUGACCAGAUACUAUGAUCUUAGUGCUGGAACACUGGACCUGCUGGAGACCAUAGUUUCAGCAACCCAAGACGCCAUUUCAAGCGGACAAACUCUCGACCCCCCUCCACACACAGCGCAGUGUCAUUUCGGAAACAUUUAGCCUGUUUUAAGAGAAUAUCUCGGUCGCAGCGUUCCUCUCAUAGCACUAUAGUUAACAUUUUAUGGAAAAUGAGGACAAACCUGAAUGGACAAGUUUUUUUUUUUUUUUUUUUUUUUAAAUGGUAUGAUGAUUUUGAUGCUUGGGAUUUAAAUAGUUUUUUUGUUUUUUUUCAUCUUGGUUCCCAAGUUUUGAGUGUUUACAAAAUUAGGUAGACAUUUUCAGGUGUGCAUUAUCUGUGAGAAUCUGAGCUGUGUGCUGAACUGUAUUAGCUUUUCCUGUGAAUUAGAUUCUGGGCUUUAACAGUUCAUUUAUACCUGCAGUGGGAUUCAUUAUUAUAACUAAAACAAAUAGUUAAAUGCAAACUAGACUUCUAUUAUUGUUCACAGAUACAUACAGUCUUAAAAUAGACAUUUUGGGACUUGACUUGUACAGUGAGGGCUGAAGUGCAUGAGUUAUCACUUAGUGAAACGUGUUGCACAGGGACAAUCACAGUCUGGUUGUCGCAUCAGUUUUCAAACUGAUGUAUUCUAUCCAUAUUUCAGACUUAUCACAUUCACAUGUAAUCAGUGUUGAAAUCGAUGGCAAUAUUUGUUUCCUUACGUGUGAACACAGUAGCCAGAGAUGUGUAUGUGACCUGUAUUUAUCACCCUCGCAGCUAUCAAUUAAAAAGGUAGACUCAACAGUACAAUAAUAUAUUUCAGCAUUAGGAAGAAACAGUACUUUAUUCUGCUUUCUGCAUUUGAGCUUUGGUAGGAAACUGCUGAUGUGCCAUACUGUUGAAUGUAUCUUUUGAAAUUCCUUAACUGUUUUUGUGAUUUGUGCAUUUUGUUCAUUUCACCACCAAAUAUUCCACAGCUUUAGGAAAUCCAGUGUUUAUUUAUUCAAUGUUUUUAAUUUUACUUUUUGUCUCCAAGAUAUCAAGCACUCCUCCAGUGUUGGGUCAUUUUCAGAAAAUCUGGAAAGUGAUUGCGGUUGUGUUUUCUUUUAGAGUCGAGGCCCUUAGACAAAUGUUUUCAUAAAUACUAAGAGUAUUUAUUGCCAUUUUCAAAUGUGUACAUUUAUCAGGGAAAGGGAUGGCCACAGAUGACAUUAACAUUUUUAUGUAUAAGAUCCCAUCAUGUCACAUCUAGGAAAUGACAACUCAAGUUUAAUUCAAACUAAAUAAAACUAUCCUACUGUUA